UAACCUCAAUUUCCCUCUGUAAUAUGUAAACAGAGACUUAUUAAAAUUAUUUUAUAUGUGUUCAAGUUAAACGGUUUAAUGAUGGUGUUAGAAAACACGGGGAAAUACCGGCCGGAAAGGCCCGAGAAGUUAGAUCCGCCCCAAACUAGUGAAGGGGGCCCAGUUUUUCGAGAGGAAAGUUCGGAGUAUAGGCUCCGCGAAGUGUUGCAAAAUGAUUCGAUCGAUGCCAAAUAUGGUUUUGAACGGUUGGAAGAUAACAUUGAAAAAACUGCCUUUUUACUCAACAUGCAUUCGUCGGAAAUCCUUGAUGAAGACAAGCGGCUGUGUGCCGCAGUGGAUUUUUAUUUUAUGGAACAAGAUGGCAGCAGAUUUAAAGUGUCUUACCCAUUUAUGCCUUACUUUUAUGUUCUAACCAAAAGGGAACUCAUACUCGAAGUGACACAAUUUCUAUCAAAAAAAUACAGUGGGAUCUUUGGUAGCAUUGAAACAGUUUCUAAAGAUGACUUGGAUCUGCCAAACCACUUGAUCGGCCUUAAACAGAAAUAUAUUAAAUUGUCAUUUUACAACCAAACUGACAUGAGGAAAGUGAGAACGGAACUGCUAAGGAGAGUGAGGAAAAAUAGGGAAAGGCUUAAGGAGAGUUCUUGUUAUACAGAAAUGCUUGCCGCCCAUUUGGCCAGCACUAUGAACGAAAGUGCUACUGUCGGUGUUAAAACUGAUCAAAUGGAGAAUAUUUUGGAUAUUCGAGAAUAUGAUGUUCCAUAUCACGUGAGAGUUUCCACAGACUUAAACAUCUUUUGUGGUCUAUGGUACAGUGUAAAAAACCAAAAACAGAACCCUCCAAUUAUUAGCAAGUUAAACAUUUUGGAGUGGCCAGAGCCAAUUGUGUUGGCUUUUGAUAUUGAAACCACUAAGCUACCAUUAAAGUUCCCUGACGCGGCCAGUGAUAGAAUAAUGAUGAUUUCUUAUAUGAUUGAUGGUCAAGGUUACUUAAUCACCAAUAGGGAAAUAUUAUCGUCAGACAUAGAGGACUUUGAAUACACCCCAAAACCAGAGUUCGAGGGUAGAUUUACGAUUUUUAACGAGGCAACAGAAAGGGAAUUACUUUUAAGGUUUUUCGAUCAUAUAAUAGAAGUGCGACCGCACAUUUUCGUCACUUACAACGGGGAUUUUUUCGAUUGGCCUUUUAUUGAAGCUCGGGCGGCAGUGUACGACUUGGACAUGAAAAAGGAAAUCGGAUUUUUUCGUAAUGACGAGGGAAUUUAUUGGAGCAGACCCGCCAUCCAUAUGGACUGUCUAUGCUGGGUCAAAAGAGACUCAUAUCUCCCUGUAGGGUCGCAUAAUUUAAAGGCAGUGGCCAAGGCCAAAUUGAGAUAUGACCCGGUGGAAUUGGAUCCGGAGGAUAUGUGCCCUCUAGCCACGUCUGACCCUCAACUGUUGUCUAAUUAUUCAGUUUCCGAUGCCGUGGCCACUUAUUAUUUGUAUAUGCAGUAUGUGCAUCCGUUUAUAUUUGCCCUUUGUAGUAUUAUACCGUUGGAACCGGAUGAGGUCUUAAGAAAAGGGUCUGGUACCCUCUGUGAGUCCUUACUAAUGGUAGAAGCCUUUCGUGCCAACAUAAUUUUUCCAAACAAAGAAGAAACGGUGCUAAAUAAAUUGACUCAGGACGGGCACGUGUUGCAUCAGGAAACUUACGUGGGGGGCCACGUAGAAGCUCUGGAAAGUGGGGUUUUCCGAGCGGAUAUACCUUGUAGAUUUAGGAUCGUACCGGAGGCGGUUGAUAUGCUGAUUGAGCAGUUGCCAAAGACCCUUGAGCAUGCCAUAGUUGUUGAAGAAGGUGUUCCGAUUGACCGCGUAACAAACCUUCAAGAGGUUAUGGAUGACAUUAAGGGAAAACUUUUGGCUUUAAAGGACCAACCCUUACGUCUCGAACGUCCCCUGAUCUACCAUUUGGAUGUGGGAGCGAUGUACCCCAACAUCAUUUUAACGAAUCGAUUGCAACCGUGCGCGAUGGUCGAUGAAACGAUUUGCGCCGCAUGCGAUUAUAAUAAGCCGGACGCGGUGUGUCAGCGUAACAUGGCUUGGAUGAUGAGGGAGGAGUUUCUGCCAGCAAAGCGUGGUGAGUACGAGAGGAUCCAGCAACAGUUGGAGCUAGAAAAGUUUCCCUCGAGCAAACCCGGAGGGCGACACAGGUCGUUUCAUGAGCUGACCAAGGUGGAGAGGGCGCACGUCGAAAAGCAGAGGCUAGAGGCUUACUGCAGAAAAGUUUAUAGUAAACUAAGAGUGACGAGAGUGGGAGAAAAAACCACCACCAUAUGCCAGAAAGAGAACUCCUUCUACGUGGACACCGUAAGGAACUUCAGAGAUCGAAGAUACGAGUAUAAGGCGGCGGCGAAAAAUGCGAAAAAAGAAGUAGUGGAGGCGGUAAAGGGGGGAGACGCCUCCGAAAUAAAAUCCGCCAAAAGUAAGGAGGUGCUGUUCGACUCUCUACAGUUGGCCCACAAAUGUAUCUUGAACUCGUUUUACGGGUACGUGAUGCGUAAGGGAGCGCGAUGGUACAGCAUGGAAAUGGCCGGGAUCGUUUGCUAUACGGGCGCCAACAUUAUCAUGAAAGCCAGGGAAAUUAUCGAGCAGGUCGGGAGACCUCUAGAGCUGGACACUGACGGAAUUUGGUGCAUUUUACCGGCUUCAUUUCCUGAAAAUUUUACUAUUACCGCCGACCAUAAAAAGGCCAAGUUCGUAGUGUCUUAUCCAAAUACAGUUUUAAAUGCUAUGGUCAAAGAACACUUCACCAAUCACCAGUACCACCAUUUGGACCCAGACACCAAAGAGUAUUCGAUCCGUAGCGAAAACACUAUUUUUUUUGAAGUGGACGGCCCCUAUAAAGCGAUGGUACUGCCAUCUAGUAAAGAAGAAGGGAAAAAACUGAAGAAACGCUACGCCGUGUUCAAUUUCGAUGGAAGCCUGGCCGAACUAAAAGGUUUUGAGGUGAAACGUCGCGGCGAGCUCCAACUGAUAAAAAACUUCCAAUCGUCGGUGUUCGAGGCGUUUUUAAAAGGGGACACUUUGGAGACUUGUUAUGCGGCCGUCGCCCAGGUGGCCGACUAUUGGUUGGACGUGUUGUUCUCCCGCGGACAGAACCUGCCCGACUCGGAACUGUUCGACUUAAUUUCCGAAAAUAAGUCCAUGUCCAAGAAACUGUCCGAGUACGGACAGCAAAAGAGUACGUCUAUAAGCACCGCACGUAGAUUGGCCGAAUUUUUGGGGGAUCAAAUGAUCAAGGACGCCGGAUUGGCUUGCAAGUAUGUCAUUUCGAAGAAACCCGACGGGGCACCAGUUACUGAAAGGGCAAUUCCGUUGGCGAUCUUCCAAGCGGAGAAAGCGAUCCAGAUAAACUAUUUAAGGAAAUGGUUGAAGGAUCCCUCGUUAAACGAAGUGAAUAUCAGGGACAUUUUGGACUGGAGUUACUAUAUCGAACGAUUGGGGGGCACCAUUCAGAAAAUCAUCACCAUACCGGCCGCUAUGCAAGGGGUACCAAAUCCAGUUCCGAGAGUACGUCACCCAGAUUGGCUUCACAAAAAAGUCCUGGAAAAGAACGACGUCCUAAAACAAAAAAGAAUCACGGACAUGUUUAGCAGGGGUCCGAAACCGGUCGCGUCCACCUCGAAAACCCCGAAUCCUGUUAUCGAUGACAUGGAGGAUAUCGGGACGAGCAAACGAUCAUCUCCCGAAUUCAAACGGCCACUGGCCACCGUAACUAAGCGAAAACGCGGUCAAGAGAGUGAAUUUGGCGAGGAGGAACUCGACAAGACUUGGAGGGAGGUCUUAGGCAAUCCUCCGCCAUUUGGAAACACUCACGAGAGCCAUGUGGCUUGGAUAAGGUUCCAAAAGCGCAAAUGGCUCUUCCAGGCCCUACAAAAGAACAUGGGCAACUCCAGCAAAAAGAAAAAGACGAACAGGGGCAGUUUGGCUGUACUGAGGUCGUCCGCUCCCGGCACUAUGGGCACUUUCCUGCAAAAAACCCAGAAAACUUUACUGACCACCCCUUGGCAAAUUAUCCAGAUCUCUUCUACGGGAACCCCGGGGGUCUUUAAACUAUGGGCUCUGAUUGACGCGGAGUUGCAUUCGGUGAAGUUGAACGUGCCGCGUAUGUAUUAUGCUAAUUUGAAGAAGGAAAAGGUGGUGGAAGAAGGAGCGCUUUUUCGGAAAUGCAAUAAAACUUUACCAAGGUCUAAACCGGUUUAUUUUUUGUACCAGUACACGGUUCCUGAGACCAUGUACCAAGAUAAUGCUGGAGAAUUCCAAACGGCUCUUUCGGACCCGUCAGUUGAGGGCGUCUACGAAACCAAAACGCCCCUAAUAUUCCGCUCGCUGGUAUCCAGCAGUUGCGUGGUGAAACUUUCAAGGAGCGUCAGCAGUUUGGACAGCUUGGAUCUGGAUGAUCUCGAUCCCGUGCCCCUUACUAGGCAGCCCUAUUUGUCCAAAGGGGCUCUGAAACAUUUAUUUUUUUACCAUCACAGGCAUGCCACAAAACCUCAACAUAUGUUCGGACUGUUUCUUACUCCAGCGAAAAAGUGUUUAGUAAUAGUCGUGGAUACCGUAAGGACUAAUUUGAUGCCCAACAUGGAAAAACUGUACGGAGCAGAGAGAUUAUUAAAGCUGGAGAAAAUUAGCGAAGAGCUUUUACCUCCCGCGGAAAUUCAAUUCGAGAUAAAAGUGGAAACGGAUCUGAAUCAGGUGUACAAAAUAUUAAAUAAAACGUUGCAAACGUAUAAGGACGAGAAAAAGGGACCCACUUUGCUGGCCGUGCAGAGCACCAUGGAUUUACAAGUGUUCCAAAGGAAUAUCGGGACGUUCGGGGACUUUCCUCACACCCAAAUAUUUGUUCGGGACGACGACGAACUGUACAACGUCCUCGAUUGGCAAAAAAUCGGCGCCAAAGCCCUCGUCCGUCAUUAUUUGAACAGCGAGUCGGCCCUGGACGUGAUGACGGAACAGAGUCGCUACUUCCACAUCCCGGUGGGCAACUUACCGGAGGACACCGCCCUCUUUGGGGCCGACUUGUUUUACGCCAGGAAUUUAAUUAGGGCGAACCACGUGCUUUGGUGCUCCCCAUUGGACAAACCGGAUUUGGGCGGUAGCGAGGAAACCGAUAAUCGGCUACUAGCGGAUAGCCAAGAGGGUUCCAGUGAGGUAUGCAACAAUCCCGGCUGGUACUCUUCGGUUUGCGUCGAACUUGACAUUGACAGUUUGGCCAUUAAUACGUUGUUACAGUCCCAUCAUGUCACUGAUAUUGAAGGUGCGAGUAGUGUGACGGGUUUUGGCGCGACAAAAGCCCCCUCCCUGGACGAAAUGUUAUCGGGCAAAAAUUUGGGAAACGCCGAGUCGACGGGAUGCGCGGAAGCGUUUAAGGUACUGCGCGCGAUGGCCAGCGCCUGGAUGCGCGACAUUUCCAUGCACGAGAACGUAUGCGCCGAUUUUCAAGUCGUCCACUUUUACCGAUGGAUGCGAUCUCCUAAGGCCUUGUUACACGAUCCGGCUUUAUUAAGGAUGUUACAGAUGCUCAUGAAAAAACUGUUUUUUCAGCUUGUUGCGGAGUUUAAGAGAUUGGGUUGCAUGAUAAUCUAUGCGAACUUCAAUAAAAUAGUUGUAUGCACCAAAAAGAAGACAGUCUCAGAUGGACUGAACAGCGUGGAGUUCAUCGUCAAAACCAUAAGAAACAAGGAACUGUUCCAUUCUAUUGAGAUCAGCUAUAGACGUUGCUGGGAAUGUCUCGUAUGGGUAGACCCGGCAAAUUACGGCGGAAUGCUUGGCAAAGCUCCCCAGGAACAAGAGGACCCCGAAAUACAGACACAAGAGGAUAUAAACGAUCCCGAACCGGUGAUGAGCAGCCACUGGAACAUAGCGGAGCAGCUACCCCAAAAGGCGGGCUGCAGACGCAGCUUCGAAGCCAUAAUGGCCAGUUAUAUUGGGGCGAUUUACUUAAAAUUAAAGGAAAAUAAGGAGACUACUUUACCGACAGUCAUGAGCCAGCCCACGUACGGAUUGGGCAAUCGGGACGACGUGGUGGAGUAUGCUAAGCAAUUGUUGGCUGGAGACGGAGAGGUCAGCCAACAGCUAUUUCAAAUAACGGAAAAACUGCACACUAUUUUACCAAGGGAACCUGACCGCAGCAGCGGCGCACUCAACUUUGUAAAGUCGAUAUGUCACAUUUUAGGUCUAGAUCCUGCAGUGGAAGAAGAAGUGGAUCACUUAAGAAGCAAUUUACUGAGACUCAUCGGGGUGGGGGAGUUUUCCGAAAAAGCCACAUGGGUGGACACCACGGUGUCCUACGUAGUCCCACAAAUAAUUUGCCGAAAGUGCAAUCAUUGUCGUGAUAUCGACUUAGGAAGGGAUCCGUAUAGGACGGAUCACUGUUGGAACUGUCCCAAUUGUAACUCGCCAUACAACAGCUCGGAAAUCGAAACGUUUCUAUUAGACACCGUGUCCAAGAAGUUCUUGGCUUACAAUUUGCAGGACUUGCAGUGUAAAAAGUGUGGGCAGAUUAAAAUGGAAAGGCUGAACAAACAUUGCCAAUGCGCCUCAGACUUCAGAUGUCUCAUCUCCCGAAAAGAUCUGAUUAAGCUGCUGAACACAUUUUUGGAGUUGGGCAAUAAGUUUUCUAUGCCUGUAUUGGCUGAAACUGUAGAGAGAAUCUUAAAAAUGACAUAAAAACUGUGAUUUUCUUUUUAAUGAAAUAAGCUUAAUAAAACAAUUUUAAUUUUUUA